CAAUUGGUCACCCCACAGCAACCGACUCCAUUACCCAAGUUACUCGUACCAAUAUAAAUUUUAAGUAUAAUCUACAAUGUAGGUCUUUAUGUUUAGUUAAUCGUAAUCAACGUGACCUUACAGUUAAUGCAACCAUGCUAAAAUAAAUAAACUUAUAAUAACAAUAACUUAAACAAUUGAACAAAUAAACAUCAAUAAUUAUAGAAAGCAAAAUUUUUAAAGUGAGAUUAUCUCAUCAGUUUUGACAAAAUUUUGGAGGUGUUCCAGACAUAAAACAUUACCUAGUGAAAUAAUCGUAAUUGUGGCUCUUUAGCUUCUUUAGUCAACUCUAUUGAACGUACUAGUUUCUCUCUAGUCGUAGACGUCAGUUUGUAAAUUGUAUUUCAAGGAAAACUCGUUUAGAAACUAUGAAGUAAGCAGUUAUAAUUAUGCCGCACAACCAUUGCUAACUAGUUUACUGGUUAAAAUAAGACAACACUAAAGAGAAGGAAGUAAUCUGCAGAAACAAAUUAUUUGUUCUUUCGAUCUCGUUUAUUUCUUCGAACUAUUUGAUAAUGACUUUCUGUGAUAUACAAGUAGUAAAACUGGUUGAAAGAGAAAUUUUCAAGCGUUCUGAUAAAAUAUAAAUAUAAUAAAAUAAAACAAAACAAAAAUUCUUUAAUACUCCAUUUUGAUAACCUUUAAUUUUCUCAUAAAAAUUUUCUAACCGCUUUUAUAGAUUUAGAAAAAAUUACAUUUAUUAAUGUAUUAACACGUUCCCUACCUAUGCCACACAUUUCUGACGACUACGACCCCGCGUUUCGCACAGAAAGGAUUGAAUUAAUUCAAUGAACGUUGUUAUUCGAAAUUAUGAUUCAUAUCAUUAUAUUCGAAGAUCUUUCAAGUAUGCUGUAACAAUAUUUUUAUUUAUAUUUCAUGAAACUGUUGUAUAUAUAUAUAUUAAAAUGAUAGAUCGAUGAAGGCUAUAUUGCUAAAACGUGUCUACAUGGUAACUAUAAUUCCACUUUCCAACAAAUUCUACUCAAAUUUUAUUUCUGCAUAUGCCCCUAAAAAUCAUGAUUAAACUACGGAUUUUAUGUACAUAUUUAUGAUUGAAUUGAAUAGAUGAGAAUCAAAAGAAUUUAAGAAAAUCUGUACAUUAUUUUCAACUUGCUAAAAUUAUAAAAAAAUAGAAAACAUUAUUAUCUUGCUGUAAUUGACCAGAAAAAUGUUUAUUUUGCACAUUGAUCUGCAAUCUAAUGAUCAAGCGUCCGAUUAACCCCUAACUAAUAAAAUGAUACGCAAUGUACUCUACUUUUUCUCCUAAAUCACAACAUUCUUAAACUGUCUUCGGGAACGUGGAACCUAACGCGGCAGGUAUAAUGAAACAAGUAAAGCCAGUAAAACUCUGCCUGUAGUAGAUGUAGCCGCAUUAUCAUCCUAUCAAGAAGUUCCGCGAACUCUCGGCUCGGGUUAAAAGUUAAACAUGUUAUUGUAUCGAGUUGCAGGCGCUAAACGCGCGAAAUCUGAAGUCUAGCGAUAAAUCGUGUUAUAGGCGUAACGGAAUUAGACGGCCGAUAGAUUGCGUGCGAGUAUAGCAACGAAAGGGCUAAUGAAACAGAGGUCGAACGAAAGGAGCAAUCCGGGAGGCGAGACGAUCGAAGAUCCAGGAGGAUCGGCCGAUGACCUCCGCCGGAGUGAAUGUUUAAUCGCACGGGUGUUGCGUUCGCUCGAGUGAAUCGGUUCGAAAUCGCGUUGCCGGCCGCACGAAGAAAUUGCAGUCGAACAGAGAAAGUUUCCUGGAAAACGGGGAUAGACAGAGAGAAGAAGUGUAUAAUUUUGUGUUUGUCGAUAUUGGAAAUGUUUAAUUGUUGGAGAGCAACACUAGAGAACUGUUUUGAAGCGUGAAGAGUGAUUUUGAAACGUUGUGAAAUUGUAAAACUCGAGUUGAUUGCACUCGGAGUGGCAAAAAAUCGAGCGUUUCGUCGAGGAUGUCGCGAUCGAUGUCGGAUCGAUAGUGUCACGUGAAAAUAUAAAAAAUCCUCUACUUUUCUGGUUCUAUCAUCUUCGUUGAAGAUCGAGCAAGAUGCGGGACAAACUUGCGUUUAGUUCGGGAGUGCCGGACAUGCACGAGACCCUGUCCAGUUUUCCGGAACAGUUCGGAGAUGGGCCGAGGAAACCGGAAAUAAAGCUGGAAGCGCCGAAGGAGUCGGACGGGACGACGGAUAACCUGAAAUGCGGCUGGUUCUGGUUCAGGCCCACGUACUUGCAACGAUUUCGAACCGCAAAAUGGGCACUCUUCUGGCUCUGUUGGACAGGCGCUAUUCAAGGAAUUGUGGUGAACGGUUUCGUGAAUGUUGUCAUUACAACGAUCGAGAGGAGGUUCGGCUUGAGAUCGUCGCAAACUGGGCUUAUUGCUGGAGGGUACGACAUAGCCAGCUUCCUUCUUCUUGUUCCAGUGAGCUACCUAGGAGGACGCUCAAAAGCUUCGAAGCCACGGUACAUAGGCGUAGGAGUUCUAGUCUUAGGUAUAGGAAGUCUGCUAUUCGCGUCUCCUCAUUACCUUGCUGGCCCAUACAGAGGGGGUCAACAGUCGGACAACAUAUGUCAAAGGGUGACGAACACGUCAUCUCGUGCUGUGUCCUGCAGCGGAUCCGCGGGUCAAGCGGAUCAAGAGCCUUACAGCGGUUUGUACUUAACUAUCUUCCUCGUGGCGCAGCUUCUUCACGGCGCGGGCUCUGCUCCUUUUUACACGCUCGGAGUUACGUACCUCGACGAGAACGUAUCGAAAAAGAUGUCGUCCGUGUACCUAGGAAUUUUCUACACGAUGGCUAUAAUAGGACCCGCGAUGGGCUACGUAGUCGGUGGUGAAUUGCUGAAGCUGUACACGGAUUUCGUCACCGUGGACCCGUCAAAGAUCAGUUUGACGCCAGAAAGCAACGUAUGGGUUGGAGCAUGGUGGAUAGGGUUUCUGGGAGCUGCGGUACUCAGUUUCAUAAUCGCAAUACCAAUCUUGGCGUUCCCGGCAGCGUUACCUGGUUCGGAAGAAUUGGCCAAGGAAAGAGUCUCGGAGGCGCAUGAGAAGCCGAAGCAAUCGGCCUCGAGCGAGACGAUCGAGGCGUUCUCGAAAAUUCGCGAGCUGCCGCGCGCUUUGACGGAGCUCCUGGGCAACCCAGGGUUUUUCAUGUUGAAUUUGGCAGGUGCCAGUGAAGGAUUGCUCAUCGCCGGUUUCGCGGCGUUCCUCCCGAAGCUGAUCGAAAAUCAAUUCAACGUCAGCGCUAGCUCGGCCGCGCUGCUAAUGGGUCUGGUUACGGUUCCCGCAGGCGGCGGCGGCACUUUCCUCGGCGGUUAUCUCAUAAAACGGUUUAAUUUGCCCUGCUCGGGCAUUUUAAAGUUCUGCCUUUUAGCCACUGCAUCCUGCAUCGCCUUCACUCUGUGCUUCGUGCUGAAUUGUCCGAAUCUGAACUUCGCCGGAGUCACGGUCCCCUAUUCCGAACAGACCAAGAAAACUUUCUCAUUGGACGACGCCUGCAAUAGUGGUUGCGGAUGUUCGAGAUCAGAAUUUAAUCCAAUAUGCGGCGUCGAUGGAAUCACAUACUAUUCGCCCUGCCAUGCUGGAUGUUAUCAAGAAACGCAGUUAAACAACUUUAAAGUAUAUCUAGAAUGCAGCUGCAUACGCGCACCACCGAUGAACAUGACAUCCGGCACAGACAUCAUCGCCUAUCAGGCGAUUAACACCACCUGCAAUACAACCUGCUCAUACUUAUGGCCCUUCAUUAUACUAGCUUUCUGUAACAUGUUUAUUACAUUCCUCUGUACAAUGCCAGCGCUGUCGGCAACCCUCCGCGUUGUUCGAGACGAUCAAAGAUCGUUCGCCUUGGGUAUACAAUGGAUCAAAGUGAGGAUUUUGGGCACUAUACCAGCACCGAUGGUGUUCGGUGCUCUUAUAGAUGAUACCUGCAUUUUGUGGAACGAGACCUGCGACGGCAGAGGAGCGUGCCUCGUUUACGACAAUUUGUAUAUGAGCAGGUACAUGAUGGCGCUAGCAUUCCUUGGCAAAGCAGCUUCCCUCCUUUUCUUCUUCCUGGCCUGGUGGACUUACAUCCCUCCGGGUGGCAGAAGGGCUGAUCAGAACUCUCGAGAGGAGCCCACCACCACGUUAAUGUUAAAUGACACAUCUCACGAAACGCCAACAACACCGGCGACGAUAAAUCCUAUACUCGAACCUUAAACAAUAUAACUUCGCGGACACUUCUGUUCAUUGAAAGCCAAUGAACGACUACUAUUGGAGUAAAAUCAAUUGUUCGCUCAAGGUCGCUGACUCAGAUCGUCAUUCACAAAUGACGAUUUAUAAUAAUUCGAUGCUUCUUAAUAGCAGAGAAAUAUUUUCAAAACUCUGUUUCAAUGAAAAAUAGUAGAUGAUGCAUAGAUCUGUGUUGAUACGUAUAAUUUUAUUUUAUUUACAAUUUCUAUUUCUUGGAAACACUGUACAAAAUUUAUUCUAAGAACGUGUUACCUACCGGAAAUUAUUUACAUAUUUCGUAAUUAAUGUUUUAGCUUUUCCGAUAGCAGUAACACAAUUUCAACCUCAAAUUACUCUCAGUAACAUAAUUUAAUAAUUUCGGUUAGAAUUAUUAAGCGAGACAAGGCUUUUAAACUAUGUUUUGAUAUAGCGCAACCCCAUUUGAAGUUUUAUUAAUCCUUUGUUAAGAAGAAUUUUUCAAAAACUGUAAACAUUUUCAAUGUUAACAUGUAUUGAGGGACGCGUCGGUAACAUAUAGGGUACACUAGCUUUUAACCGAAUUUUGAUAUUCAUUUUUAUUGCAACAUAUUGCAGAUACUGACUGCCAACAGGAUUUUUAGAAUAGAAACGAAUUGAAUUAAUAUUUCCCGUGAUAAAAUUUAUCUUUCUAGUUUCAGAUUCGAUGAUUCAAUGAUUUUUAUAUUACUGCGGGAAUGUUUGGUGUCGAUAUUCGGUACUUAACGUGUUAAAAAGAAAAUAUAUGUUCUGAUCUUUUAUUCGUCUUCAAGAUGUGAAUAGACUUCCGGUAGGUAAAGUGUUAAAAGAAUGAAUUUCUUAUUAACGAUGCAACGUUGAUAUUUGAAGCGUAUGGAAUUUGAUGUUAAAAAUUUCAUUUAUUGUGAUUGAGGACGCGGCCUCGGGUGACAACAGAGUUUAUACGAAAUAUUUAAUUAUAGUGACGGUACAAUUGCGGGGAAUAAGUUUGAGAAGGAAUCGCUUGUUCCGACUUUCCUGAAAGUUUGCUAGUCAGUUGAGAAUAAACACAACGAUGUGACCUAGCUUCCAUUAAAUGCGGAAAAUUAAGAUUAGCAGUAGGUAUCAACUGGAUGGACACAUUUUUUAUUGAAUAGUUAUGCUACAUAAUUUAUCGUAGAGGAUUAUAUAUAUUAUAUAUAGUCUAUCUAAUAAGUGUUUCUAUAUUUUUACGGAUUAGAUAAUACGUGGUACGAUGCAAAGGAAAUAGUCGGUUAUUUAUUGAGUAACUUUUAUUCUGUAGAUCGUAUCGAUUUCAGAUAAAUUAUGAUACGUUUACCGGUCGGUGUUUCUAAUCUAUCAAUUCCGAGAACUGUCUAAAAUGGUGGAAUUUCCUAUACGCGUCGAGGCGCAUCAAUUUUCUGUUCCCCUAUAGUCGAUUGCCAAAUCUGAACUGUUAUAUUGUGUCUUUAAUUUCGUUCAGUUCAUUUCUGAACAGUAUGAAAAUUUACUAGAACCUAUUGCAA